AUGGAUGGAGAGAUGGUUAUUGAGACUCAAGCUAAGGGAUCAGAGACUACUUCUCUAGUGUGCUUGAGAUGUCCUUUGUCAAUCUUCGACAGAGGGUUUGCUGUGGAUUUAAUUCAUUUACCAUUGAGUGGUGUGGAUGUGAUGUUAGGUAUGAACUGGUUGGAAUUCAAUUUUGUUCAAAUUAAUUUCUACAACAAGUCUGUUUGGUUUCUUGCUCCUGAUGAGGAGGAGAAAGUUGGUUUAUUGACUGUUAGGUGGUGCGUGACUUUCUUGAAGUUUUUUCCGGAUGAUAUAUCAGAUGUGGCGCCAGAAAGAGAAGUGGAGUUCUCGACUGAUCUUGUUCCUAAUACCAGACCUGUUUCCAUGGCACUGUACAUGAUGUCGGCAUCUAAGUUAGCAGAGUUGAAGAAGCAAUUAGAAGACUUGCUUGAAAAGAAAUUCGUGAGACCAAGUGUGUCGCCUUGGGGAGCUCCGGUGUUUUUGGUGAAAAAGAAAGACAAUAGUGUGAGAUUGUGUGUAGACUACCAAUAG